AUGAAUAGUUCGGGGGCUUCGAGCAGCCAAAAUCACCAGCAAAACAACAACAAUGCCACGUGUAUUCACAUCGCCGAGGCGAUUGCUGCGCAGGGCAUCGAUGACAUCACAGUGUAAGUUUUUAGAUGAUGUGGGUGUCUUGUUGUGUCCUAAAACAUCUUUGAAAGGAGUUUUUGCUAAAGAGCCGUUCUGAAACAUGUUGCUCAACAAGAGUUGGCACAUGUAUCGAAACAGUUUCGGUCCAAAAACAUGUUAUUUGCUAAGAAUAUGCUCUGGGCGAUGUUUCGCAACACAAAAUUUGACUUGAAACAUGUUCUAAAACAAGUAUUGUCCAACAACAUGUUCUAGAACGGUUCUUCAUCGUAUUUUAAGCACAAAACAUGUUUCAGAACCAAAAUUUGUUCUAAAAACGUUUCGAUUCAUCCUUGUCAUCACAAAUACAUUUCCGAUAUCAACCUUUUCCGCAAAGAACAUGAAUCUCUCUCUCUCCCUCUCUUUCUCUCUCUCUCUCUCUCUCUCUAUUUUUUCGGCGGAGCAGUUGUCGAGUGUCACAACACUCACACUGCUAACACAUUCUUAAGAAAGUGAAAGAAGAAGAAGAGGAUAUCUUUUUUUUAUCUCUGUUUUCUCAUUGAUUUCCGUGCGAAUGGGAUGUUGUCACAUGUCAAGAGUUGAAAUGUUGGCUGAACUUUUUGUGCGGAGGGCGUCGAAAGAAGAAGAAGAAGAGGUCGACAGAAAAUGAUCGCUUUGCGGUCGGCAAGAAGUGACAGGAUGAGUGAAAAGAGGGCCAUCCGAAAGUGUUCUGGAUACAGACUAUUCUAUACAUUCUAACAACAAAAAACGAUCCUGAAACAUGUUUUGUACACAAUAACCCGACAUUUCCCUUUUCAGAGACUUCUACAUCCGAUCGAUUUUCACAUUCCUCUACGGGUUCCUCUUCGUCUUAGGCAUCUUCGGAAAUGGCGGUGUUCUGUGGGCGGUUGCACGCAAUAAACGACUGCAAUCGGCGCGGAACGUCUUUCUGCUCAACCUCAUCUUCACCGAUCUGAUUCUAGUUUUCACUGCGAUCCCCGUCACGCCAUGGUCAGUUUUCGGACGAGAGACACCUUUCAAACACUAUUCUUGCGCCAUAACGCACAAUUUUCAGGUACGCGAUGACGAAGGACUGGGCGUUCGGGUCGGUAAUGUGCCAUCUGGUGCCGCUGUCGAACUCGUGCUCGGUGUUCGUGACGAGUUGGAGUCUGACGGCCAUCUCUCUAGACAAAUUUCUCCAUAUCAACGAUCCCACGAAACAACCCGUUUCGGUAAGUCGAUCAAAGCUUCUGAAGCGCACAUGUCCCUCCGAAAAGCCAAUGAUCACUUCUUCAGAUCCGUCAAGCGCUGGCGAUCACAUUCCUCAUCUGGAUAGUGUCCACACUGAUAAAUCUGCCGUACCUGAUGUCGUUCGAACACGUCGAAGGCUCGUUUUACGUGCAACCCGGCGAGACGCCCUACUGCGGACACUUUUGCGACGAGGCGAAUUGGCAGAGCGAGAAUAGCCGGAAGAUCUAUGGGACUACCGUCAUGCUUCUUCAGGUUGGCACCACUUUUUUCUGUACUCUGCUUCUAUGACAUCUUUUUGCAGUUUGUCGUUCCAAUGGCAGUCAUCACCUACUGUUAUUUCAAAAUUCUGCAAAAAGUGUCGAAAGACAUGAUAAUCCAGAAUGCGCAAUUCUGUCAAUCACUCACACAGAAGCAGCGGAGCGAUGCGACGUCACGGAAGAAGAAGGUCAAUUACAUUCUGAUCGGCAUGGUCGUCACUUUCAUCGGAUGCUGGUUCCCGCUGACACUACUCAAUCUCGUCAAGGAUUUCAGUCAGUUUUCUACGGAUACUCAUUCUCUUUCUUGCGAAAUUGCAUAGCGAAAACACUGGAAAGACUGUCUCGCGUGAUCAAAUGAUCAAUCACGUGUGUACACGCAUUUUGAACGCUUGAGCAGGCAAAAAACUUGAAGAGCUGACGAACGGUGAUUCUUUGCGAGGGUGCAGUGAGGAGAGGGAGAAAGUUCGGCCUCCGUCCCGUUCCAAGCCGUUUUCCGUGCGCCAAAACUUUAGAUCGCGUGCUGUUCGAAGAAUACUGACUCAAUUCUUUUGAUCUUUUGGCAAUGCGUUCAUUAUGAUUCAAACUCGCAGAAAUGUCUUGGGGGCACUGCCAAAACAGCUUUUUUCAAAGUAUGACUGCUCGUGCUUGCGUUUGUGUCUUUUUCUUCGAAAAAAAAAAUCGAUAAAAACAUUUGCAGAACAAGAACCGCAAUGGCUGAAGCGUCAACCGUUUUUCUGGGCCAUCGUCGCGCACGUCAUCGCAAUGUCGUUGGUCGUCUGGAAUCCGCUGCUCUUCUUCUGGCUCACCCGCAAACAGAAACGAUCGGGACUCUCGAAGAUUCUCAAUUCCACAGAGGUCAGUUUUUGUUGGUCACGUACUAUUUCGAAUGUCUUCCUCUACAGUAAUCCUAGUCGCUUCUAACUUCUACUACAGUAGCACGGCGACUAAAAGUUGAAAAAGAGGCGUGGCCUAACUCAAUUUUUCAUGUUUUUCGUCGAGUGCUGAAAAUUCUCAAAUUUCAGUCAUUUCUCUAUGAUUUGCUUUUGUAUUUCCGAUAUUAAUUUUGUUGGAAAACUGAAAAAAUCGAUUUUUAGUAGAAAAAGUGUGUAGGCCACGCCGCCUUUUCAACUUUUUACUGUACGUUGCUUCUUCCCCCCUGAAUGUGUUCAACUUCUUCUCCCCCGUCCCUAUUCCUCUGUUUCUCCUUUUCAGAUCGUCUCCUCUUUCGCCAGCCGCAUCAGCAAUUCGAUCCGAAGAUCCACGUUGCGAAGGAACAACAUCGACAGGUUCGUUCUUCUCUUUGAAAAACUGAUAUUGUCGACUUCUUCUAACAUUUCCCCUCAAACUCUAAUUUACUUCUUGAUUGCUGAUGGCUUGAAAACUUCUCGAAAAAGUGUCUCUUGAAAUGUGAAACGUCAACCACUUCUCUUUUGUGUUUCCUAGUGCGAAAAUGCGCGAAAAACGUUAAACAUGCCCUACAAAUCCGCACAAAAAAUGCUCAAAUAGUGUAUUUGUUUCAGAGUGCGAAAAAAGCAGGUGGUUCUGGAUUCGGAGGGCUCCAGCUACACGACGUGCUCGCGUCCGCUGCUCAUCCGAACCGAUCUGCAGGCAACUCUUUCUAACGGAUCGUCGACGAUCACCACCCGAGAAAUGUUAUGA